AUGGGCGAUUCUGAUCCAUUCGAAUGUCGGUUGACGUUUCUCUCGCUAUUGGAAAAGUUGAAUGCGUCGCAGCAAUCGAUUACAAAGGUCGCCAAUUACGCUGUGAGACACAGAAAAGUAGCUGAAGAUCUAUACCGUUGUCUGGUGGAUGAGUUGGAACAGGCGUCCAUUAAUGCACGGCUGAAUAUUGUGUACGUCCUCGAUGCCAUCUUCGCUCUCAGUCAUAAGGCACGCUUCACCGGCUAUCACGAUCUCACUCGAAAAGAUUUGACACGUAUCAUUGAAGCGGUGGUACCCAAUGAUUCCAAAGGCAUUGUCAAUGUUGCCAAUACACGCAAGAUCAUCAACAAUUGGAGGCGACGAGGGUAUUUUGAACCAAGCGAGUUGGAUGAGGCUGAGAAACCAUUACGAGAACGAGAAGCAAGCGCAUCAUCUCAAACCGGUGGAUCCAAAGCGGAUGAAGGAGGAGGAUUUUCAAAAGAGGACAUGCUACGGCGUAUGGAAGAAGAUCGUGAACGGCACAAGCGAUUCAAAGAAGACCUUUGGAUUCGACCCUCGGAUGAAUCGCUGGAUGCCGAGUUUCAACAAUUGUGGGAUAACACCGAGGCGUUGGUGCCAGAAAACGAUUAUGAAGUGAUGAUGCUACAAAACAUGCUCCGCCUCCCUCAUUAUGCUUGGCACAUGAUGUUGUCUCAGCGUCCUGGUAGUGCUACACAACAACCACCACAACACACAAAUGGUUCCACCAUCAAUACUACUACAACAACCACAACGGAUGAUAACAUUCCCACACAAGAACCCAACAACGAGAGCAAUAAUAGUAACGCCACCGCCACAUCUCCCAUUCCUACUACUACAACUACUACUAUGACUCCUGAUCCUACCGAAGAUAUCAGCAGCAAUGUUCCAUCAGCGCCGCCACCUCCCUCAUCAUCAUCUCCACCACAACAACCACCGCCACCACCGCCAUCGUAA